CUUAAAAAAAGAAAAACCACAGAGUGACAGAGACAGUGAAAGGACAUAGGCAUGGCUGAUUUCACCUGGUAUGUACUGUCCUUUAGUAGUUUGUGUUGUGUUGUUGUGUUGGUACAAGCUCCAGAUCCGACUUACAUUUAUAAAAGAGUUGGUGAUUCAGGGACCCUGCAGUGUAACAACGUGAUCAAAGAAUACACACAAUGCUCCUCGGUCACAUGGAUCUACAACAGAGACAGACGGGGGACAGUCGAGUUAGUGAAAGCAGGAAAAAGGAUACAAGAAAAUCUGAGCGGAUCCAAUUACUCAAGACUGAGUUUGCAGCCUGACUGUUCUCUGACUAUCAGCGAUAUUAACAUUGGAGCCGCUGGACUCUACAGUUGUCAGCAGUACGAUUCAACCGGAAAAUAUGGGGAGGAUGAAACCAUUGAUCUCUCUGUUCUCUCGGGGAUCUCUCAGGAUGGCGACUUCAUUUGUUCUGUGCAUAGUUAUGACGGAGCAUGUGGGGGUGUCAGUCUGAGAUGGUCAGACCAGGAGACAAGCAACCAGAUGAGUCAGCAGGAGACGCCGGGGCAAUGUGUCGUCCGUCGGCCGAACACACAACCCCUCGACAGCGCAGGGCUCCGCUGCCUUCUGAUGAAAGACGGCGUUGAAAAGACAUCAGUUGACUUUGCUUCAAAGGAUCAGAAAAUUCACAGAAAAACUAACAUCACCUCCGGGGCCCCUGGGGGUAAGGGCCCCUCUGAGGAGCUCCCCAUCUACCUGGCUGUAGCAGGGGGUACAGUGCUACUGGUUCUGAUUGUUGCUGUUCUAGUACUCAGACGCAAGAAGAGCACAGGAAACAAGCAGAGCCCCCCAAUGUGUGCAGAAGACCCUGACACGAUGGGGUCCCCGGGGCAGGGGGAGCCCACCCAACGCCUGUCCUACGACCAGGGUGAGCCGGACGGGGGCCUGCUCUACGCCUCCAUUGAACACAGGACUGGUAGUAGGAAGGCCCGGCCCCCCAGUGUGGAGGAGGGGGGCUGUGAGGGGGAUGACACAGUCACCUAUUCCACCGUUUCAAAGCCCCCCGCUAACCUCCCUGAGCAUUCAUGAAGGUAAACAGAAUCAAUCAGAUUUAUAAUUAAUCAGAAGUGGAAGUUUAAUUGUAAAUAUUUUUAUCCCAAAAGCUGUGAAUAGAUAAUUCUGUUUUAUGUAAAGAGUAUCAUAGUUAUAUUUCUAGAAGCCUGACAUUACGUUGGAGUUCUUCUUCCUUUGUUGUUGUAAAAUAACCCUGAUCUUCAAGUCUUGCUUUUCCAACUUUUAGUUGUGAUGUCUGUAUGAACUGAACUUUACUUGCAAAAAAAUAUAUAAUCGGGACCUCUUAAUAAUAUUAAAUGAUAUAUCGUACAAAUGAUAUAACCUUGUUAACAUUGUUACUUUGUUGCACACAGGGAAUGGGUUAACCUAGCGAUUGUUAGUGCUUUGCACUUGGUUCUAUGAACUUCCUUACUGUAACGUCAGCAAUAUAUUGUUUUACCUUCUGACAAAUGUACUUAUUGUAAGUCGCUUUGGAUAAAAGUGUCUGCUAAAUGCCCGAAAUGUUAAUGUAAAUGUGGCUUUUUUAAAAGGCCUUUAUAUAAAUUGCACAUAGAGAUAGCUUCAUUUCUCGAAUUGAAAAGUGUAAAAUUAUUUAGUAUUCGAAUAGCCCUGGCAUUCUCCUGACUACUUUUGGUUGAUUUCUUAUUCCUCAAACCUUAUAAUAAUAUUCCAUUGUCUCAUUAAAUAUUCUAUGUU